AUGCUUUUAAAUUGGUGAUGUGCUGAAGCAGAGCAAAGGUAAGUUCUCUGAAGCUCAAACUUGUCAAUUUCGAUUCUUGCAUCUAUGGGAAUGUUCAUAUGGAGAAGUGCUGGUUCAUGAAUUCGUUGUCUCUGAUGCAUGUAUUGUUUGAAAUUGACGUGUGUUGUAGUGGAGGAGGGUGGUAGAUUUACUCUUGUUUCUGAUAUGAUAUUGUGAAUGCAGCGUAUUUGGAUUGCGAAAAUCUCCCAAAAUUUUGUUUCAAUAAUCUGAAUAUGAUCACUAUAUCUUAUGGUGUUUUUGAUUGCUGUUUGGUUUAUGUCUUACACAAAGUAUACUUAAAUCUUAGAUAAUGGCUUUAAGAAAUCAUGAAGAAAAUACCAAAUUGUGCAGUGUUAUAAAGUUUUGUUUUUUCUGGCUUCCAAAGAAGUAAUUGAGCAUGAUUUUGUAAUGUAUGCAGUGAUAUGUGUAUGUACAGGAACCUAUCCAGAUUUUUUGAAAACUUUUCUUUGUCUAAAGACUUAGACUGUUUUCACCAAAUAUUUUGUUUUGUUGCAUAUAGCAUAUCAAUUCAAACUACAGGCUUUUUCAAAAAUUAUAUGUCACAAAGGCAUUGUUUUUGUUGUUUUAUUCACAUAGGAUAUAUGUAUAUAUAUAUAUGUAUGCAGUAUGACAUUAUGAAAGUAUGAAUUUUCUGUUUGGUUUCAUGACUGUGUUUGUGUGUUUUUUGCUAUGCUUAAAACUUUGAUAAAAGACAGUUAAAACAACAUAGGAAAAACUCUUACAAAAUUUUAUUUUAAAUUUCUUAACCAAUUUUGCUUCUAUUGGAGAAGUUGUGGAGCUGAAUGGGAACAACUAUAGGAAGUGGAGGGAUGAUGUAGAGUUUUACAUGGGAAUGCACCAAAACAUAGAUUACUGCCUCCUCAAACCCAAACCUAUAGGCACCGAAGAAGAAAACAACAUGGAUGCUGACAGCUCGUGACAUUAUUAUGAGUGGUUUAGGACUAAUAGAAUGGCUAAGAAUGUGAUCAGGAGAACUAUGUCUGAGGUGGUUAGGGGAUUGAUAGAGGAACCUGAGGAUGCUAUAGACUUUAUGGCUAAUAUUGCUGAGAAAUAUGAGGAAAGUGAAAAGGCUGAAGCAGCUAGGCUCCAUAAAGAAUUCCAUGAACUGAAAUAUGAUGGGAAUGGGAGUGUUAGGGAGCACAUAAUGCAUAAGGUUCAGCUGAAUGGGAAACUCAGAGAUUUAAGGAUGGGAGUUGCAGAUGCACAGCUUGUGCAUGAUGCACUUUGGUCACUUCCAUCAACCUUCAGCCAACUGAGAUCUACCUAUAAUGCUCUAGAGGUCAAGUGGACUAUUAAUAAGCUAAUUUCAGUGUGUGUGGAUGAGGAGAAUACAAUCCGUGGAGAGGCUCAACCUGCAACUGCAGUAAAUCUUAUGGAGAAGCCUAAGUGGAAAAAGAAGAAUAAGAACAAGGCUAAGCAGACCACCAAUUUUAAGGUAUCCGGCAUACCUGCAGAUUCUAAGGGAGAUAAGUCCUCUAAAGUUAGGUGUUUCUUCUGUAAAAAGAUGGGACACGUUAAGAAGGAUUGCCCUGGUUUUAAGGCAUGGAUGAUAAAGAAAGGGUAUAAUAAGGAGGAGAGCUCCAAGGAUAAGUGAGCAGAAUGUCUGCGUAGGAAACGGCCAAAGAGUAGCUGUUAAAGCCAUAGGAUGCUUGAGGAUCGAUUUAGGAGAAGGAAACUUUUUAUUUUUAGACAAUGUUUUUUAUAUCCCCUCAUUGAAGUAGGAAUUUAAUUUCUGUAGGCCUUUUGGUCGUAAAUUGGUUGUAGUCUUAUUAUUGAUUUCAAUGGAAUGAAACUUUUUCAGAAUUC